GUUUUACCGCGACAUUUUCGCGCGGAAAGCCGGGCGUUAUUGAGCCGUGAAAAGCCAUAAAGUAUCAUGAAAAAUUAAUAAUUACAAUAAUUGUGUAGUUUUAUCGGUUAUUUAGUGAAUAUAGCCUCAUAUGUGACCAAAAUACAGUGUAAUCCAUCAUAAAUGUGUUGAUAGUUCGUACAUCAUAUCUCGUAUAUGUGCAAAGUACGUUUUGUGUGAUUUGGAUUAAUUUGUGAAUGACCAGGCUGUGGAGAUAAAGUGCCAGUUGAAUUAUCACAACUACAAUGGCACAAACUGGUUCCUCUUGUGAAUCCAGUGAAAAACGUUUAACCUUGAAAAGAAAAAGAGAUUCCACAGACGAUGAGGUAGAGAAUAUGCCACCGAUGAAGAUCUCAUCGGUACUUGAAGAUGAACUCCUUGACCAACCAGCACACAAUGUGGUUGUGGAAUCGUCAUCAUGCUCCAGUGAUGAUGAAAGCUCCCAAUAUGGGACUACAGACCAGCCAAGAAGUGUGUACACAGACAUAGAUUACAACCCUGAUAGUUUCUUAAGCCCACCUAGUAUUUCCGAUUUACCUAAUUGUGUGCUGAGCCCACUGGAAAAUGUGGCAAGAGGAGAGUCCACACCUCACUCAAACAAGAGGCCCAGCACCAGUAAAAUACCAUGUCCCACAUUGCCCAAACGCAAGUGUCCAUUACCUGGCUUAUCUUGGGCGGACCCUGAAGAUGUGUGGAACAACAUGUGUGACUGUGAUGCCAGAUCUAGUAAUAAGAAGAACCCUAAUAUGUUUGACAAUCACCCUAAUCUACAACCCAGGAUGAGAGCUAUUCUUCUGGACUGGUUGAAUGAGGUAUGCGAGGUAUACAAAUUGCACAGAGAAACAUUUCACCUCACUGUGGACUACAUAGACAGAUAUCUAUCCAACACAGAAGAUGUGCAAAAAGGCAGAUUGCAGCUCAUAGGUAUUACGUGUUUAUUUAUAGCAGCGAAAGUAGAGGAAGUGUAUCCACCGAAAAUCGGCGAAUUUGCGUACGUGACAGACGGCGCAUGCACCACAGACGAGAUACUCUUGGAGGAGCUUCUUAUCCUGAAGAUAUUGUCGUGGAGCAUCACGCCCAUCACCAUCAACAGCUGGCUCAAUGUGUACAUGCAGCUCGCCAGCGAGGGUCGCAGUGCCAAGCGACGGCUGCUCGGGGAGAGUGACGUCGGCGCCAACGCGCUCAGAGGAUACACCUUCGUAUUCCCGCAGUACUCGUCGCUCGAGUUUGUGAUUUGUGGACAAUUAAUAGACUUAGCAGUGUUACAUGUGGACGUGAACCAAUUCCCGUACAGUGCUGUCGCCGCUGCGGCAAUGGCACACGCGUUCACCAAAGAACUAGCGAUAAGAGUAUCUGGGUACAGCUGGGAGGAGCUGGAGCCGUGCUGGCGAUGGCUGGCGCCGUGCGUGAGCGUGGUGCGCGGCGAGGGCGCCGUCUGCGUCGUGCGCGGCGGGGACGGAGAGUUCGUACAGCGCGCCGCCGGGCUCGACCUCAUCUGUCCCGACGUCAACCUCGACGAGAGCCACCGCAUCCAGUCGCACAAUGUCACCCUCGAUAUGUUUGAUAAAGUGUACCAGAUAAUGGCGGAACAACAGUCAUCGACCCAGGCGGAGACGGCGGCGUCCACGUCACAGGAGAGCGAGCACAUAUACCCUCCCACGCCGCCGCAGUCGGACCACAAGAGCCCGAAGACUCCGACCACGAAGACGCCGUCCACGCGCCACCUGUCGCCAGUGCCCGAAGGCCGGCGACUCUCCGCCGAGUGAUAAUACACUUUAUAUUAAGGUGUGUCUAUUGUUGUAGUGUUUGUUAUGUUCUGAUACUAGUUUUUUUUAAAAGCAGUUACUGUAAUACUCUUUUGAUUUGGUACAAUUUGACAUCUAAGGUAGAGCGAAGCAGCUCCGAUUUUUUAUUAUUGUACUGUUUGCCAUCGAGCACGGAAUUUUUUAGCGUCCUUUUGGAUAAAUAUAUCAAUUUCUUAUGGUAAGAUAAAAUGUAUUCUGACUAUAAUACACACACUUGACUCACAACAUAGUUGGAAGACUUAUACGUACAGAAGUACAUACAGUAAAGUGCAUAUUCAACUAGCCUUAUGAAAUUAAGCAAAACUUAUGCUAGAAGACCUACAACCAAUUUUAUUAGUAUAACAAAAUACGACUAUUUACUUUAACUAUUCACUUAACUACAUCAAGGCACGCGACUAUCAAAAUAUAUCGCGAAGUACUUCAAUGAGAAAUAGAUAAUAUACUAAUAAAUUUAUAUGUCACACUUAAUUGUCAUCACAUUUGGACCACCAACAUUAUAGGUUAUGGACUUUAUUGAACAAAACAAAUGGACUUGUGUAGAAACGACUGAUAUAUCUGUAUUUAUAAAAGGCAUGCACUGGUAUCUCCCAUUGUGUAUUUGGAUUGUAUUUUAAUUAAAAAUGGCGAGCAUCUAAUGCGAGUGCGUGUUCGUUGCAGCUUACUAACAUCACUAGGCACUAAUGACGCGACUGAUGUGUGCAUGACACUAACACAUCAAUUGAGGAGAUACCAACCACUCAUUCAUAUAAUUAGAAUCCUACUUUCUUGAUCAAAAUCUGUUUUAAGUGUGCUGUUGCUGUAGAUCUGUCCAUGAUUUUUCAACAUACCAUUUGUUUUGAAUGUAAAAAACAUCAAUCCACAUUCAGAUCUAAAACUACCACUAAUGAUAUAGAAUUAUUUAUAAGUAGCUGUAUAAGUUAAUAAAUAAACAAUUAAAAAAGUUACUUAAAAACCCUUGAAGUGCACAGAUAAUUUAUUGUAUUAUAUAAUGAUAAGUAAGAUAGUAUCUGUGUACUGCAUUAAGGUUCUGAAGUAACUAGAAAAAAAAAUGUUGCUCACACAACAAAUAAAUAUGUAAAUAAUAUAUUGUUCCUACUUUUGAAAAAUUCUAAUAUAUCAAUAGUUUUGGACUUAUGCUGGCUUAAGCCAAUACAUACUGCUUAAACAUUCCAUGCAAUUUAUGUUGUCAUUACAACAUGUUUAAGUAGAGAUAAUCCACCGUUUUACUUUUAAAUGCAAUUAUAAUAACUUUAAACAAGGUUGUGUCUUCUUGUCUUGUAACAUCUAUUUUCUCUAUGGCUGUUUCCUGUCAGCUGGAAACAUCACUUAUACUUUAGUAUGGAUCAAAUAUAGCUAAGUAAACCACAAAGAAAUAUCGACGUGGUCGCAUAAUAUUAUAUUUUUAUGUAAAUAAAAAUAAGAAUGCAUUGCAAUGAAUCAUUUUUUUCAAUCAAUACUUUAUUCUGAAUCUUUAACUAAUUAGUUAGUUUACUAAACUAUAACUUUAUUCGUCUUUAUAUAGAAAAUUGCCGUUCGAUUGUGCAUUACACACUCACGAGUUACCGAAACAAUCAUUUUCGUUUUUUAUAUCGUAAUUAUUAUCUUUAAGUAUCCAAAUCAAAUGUCAAUAACUUAUACAUAAUCUAUGUUUAAAAAACUGUUCCCACUUACUAGUGAAUUAGAUAUAUACUUUUAGCCCUUGAUUUUCUCAACAAUUUGUAUAUAAAUUGAUAAAUAUUGUAAUUUAUUUCUUCUAAUGGAUGAUAAAAGAACGCGAAACGUUCUAGAGACUGAUUACUAGAGCUUUGAGUCAACUGUUUAUGUUAUAUUGAUAUAAAAAUAUUAUUGUAUGUAUAAAAUAUAUCGCGGCGGAUUUUAACCAAAGAAUUGUUUCCGUCGGAUCGUUUCAUUUGGCACACUUUGAAAUGACGUAGAAUUGUGUAAACUACACGUGAGUAUGUGGAACACUAUCCGAUGAAUUGAAUGCAUGAAAUUCUAACUCUCGAUGCUAUUACAGCCAACUCUUAGACUUAAGUAGAAAAAAAUGCUUUUAUAUAUAUCGGAAAUGAUUCGCAUGUGUGUUUAUAUUUUGCAUAGCACCAAAAUGAACAAAAUGUUGACCAUGAUGCAUUUUUAUGGCCAAUUUUGACACAAUUACAUAUGUAUAUCAGGCCCAAAUGUACUUUUACUGCAGUAGUGAUUAACUACAUUCAUAUUAUCAUUAACAUAGAACACUUUAACAAAUAACGUUCAUCUCCGAUUUGUGUAAUUUACCUUACUUUUCUUUUAAUUUGCCAAAAAAACAUUCGAGUAAUGGAUAAAAAUUUUCAAUGUUUGAUUAAUUGUCGGUAUCAUGGGAAUCAAGAAAUGCCUGCAUGUCUCAAAAUAGUAUCUGCUUUGUUCUACCAUAGUUUAGCACCGUAAAAUAAUUUCUUAAUCUUAUUGCCGACAUCGACCAUAGUCAAACAUAUUUUCUCAAAAUUAAGACUGUCCUCUGUUCUUACUAACUUCCACUUUACUCGACUACUAUAACAUAUAGGAAAUAUGUUGUACAAAUUGUAUUCACCAUAUUAUAUGGAUUUAUUGUAUUUUUUUAAUGUGUAAUGUUGUACAGUGUACCUAACUCCAAUAGAACCGGGUAUUGUUCGUUUUAGAAAAUUCAAUGUAGAAAUAAGUUGAACGAUUACGCUUAUCCACUAAGGCAAUGCUGGCCUUAUAAAUAAGACUUAGAUUUGUUACUUUAUAUGAAAAUAAUUUAAAAAUUAUAUUCUUAGUAGAAAAUGAUUAGAAUUUUUAGAUAUAAGUUAUUUUUAUAUCAAUUUAUUGAAGUAAUAUAAAAGGUGUACCUACAAUAUUGUUUGCCGGACUUCAUUGCAUGUGAUCUCAUGUCAUGGAUAAUAAAAGUAAAUCAGAUGUUAUUAGUGCAAUAACUGCAUCAAUCACAUUUUGUAUGUACAGUCAAUUCAAGGCGAAAUAGUAUUAAUAAAUAAAUGGUG